UUGUCUUGUGUUCUCCGUGAGUGGUCAGAAGAACUGAGACGAAGCAAAAGCUGAAAAGCUUAUACUGCUGCGAAAUAUAAAGACCCAUCCAAAAGCACUAUACGAAAUCCAAUCCCACCACUCUCUUUUUCUUCUUCCUUUUUCUGCUCUCUCUCUCUCUCUCUCAGUUCUCAAAUUCCACACGAGACGAGGACAAAAGAAAACAUUCUAGGGAAGCGUAACCCAAAAUUCCAUUCCCAGCAUUUUUAGAGACCAAAACAAAACAAAAGAAAGCAACAAGCUUCCUUGUUUUCCGCUCUUGGUGUCAUAUCCCCUAAAUGUAAUUUUACACACUCGCUGGUUAUAGGAAAAAGUUGAGAUAGAUGGCAGGUAAUAGCAGCUCGGAGGGGUUGGUCGAUGAUUUCUUCGAACAGAUCUUAGCAGUGCCUGAAGCUGCUGCUUUCAGAGGAGCUGCUGGGUUAAUGCCUCUGGGCUUGAAUUUGGAGCAAGCUGGCUUUCUAAGACACCAACACCAAAUUAACGUUGACGACGUUGUUCAUGUUAAUGUUGAUGAUGCCACCAUUCACCACCAUCACCUCACUCUCCACAAUAACACCACCUCCUCAUCACCUUCUUCCACUGCACCAAUCACCCAGGAUAGGGAUUCGAUGCAUAUGAGAGGCUUAUUUUCCGCGUUUGGACAACUCCAUACUCCUACUCUUGCUCACUCUAUCCGCCCCACGCUGCCAUCGCCUCCACCCCCUCGUCAGCCACAACUCCACCUCCACCAUCAUAAUAACCAACAGCAGUUUCAGGGCCAACCAGCUGCAGCUCCAGCAUCAAUGGCUGCUAUGCCACAACCACCUGGGAUCCGCCCUCGUGUGAGAGCAAGAAGAGGACAAGCCACAGAUCCCCACAGUAUUGCUGAGCGGUUGCGUCGUGAAAGAAUCGCAGAAAGAAUGAAGGCAUUGCAGGAAUUAGUUCCCAGCAUCAAUAAGACGGACAGAGCGGCGAUGCUUGAUGAAAUUGUUGACUAUGUGAAGUUCCUAAGGCUCCAGGUUAAGGUCCUGAGCAUGAGUAGACUGGGAGGAGCUGGUGCAGUUGCUCAGCUUGUUGCUGAUGUUCCCCUUUCUGCAGUGGAGGGGGAUCAGGACAUAGAAGGUGUAUCCAAUGAGCAAGCCUGGGACAAGUGGUCCAAUGAUGGCACAGAACAACAGGUGGCUAAGCUUAUGGAAGAAGAUGUUGGAGCAGCUAUGCAAUUUCUUCAGUCCAAGGCACUUUGUAUCAUGCCAAUAUCUCUAGCCUCAUCCAUUUUCUGCAUGCCUCAAUCGGAAGCAUCAACAGGCAUCAAACCUGAAUCUAACAGUCACUGAUAUUAGUGAUAGAACCGAAACAAAAUUAAAGUAUCAUGACAGACAUUACAUAAUUAAAUUUCUUCAUCCUUUAUGACAAGGGUAUUCUACUUUCUUGUAUAAUUUUCCUGAUUGGAGGGAGAAGGAUCUAGUCGGUGCAGCUGGUUCACUCUUCUCAAGUUUUGUCAAACAAGGAGUAAUUGUUAUUCCUAUUAAGUAAAAUCGGAGGAGCCCAGCAAAUGUCUUUUUUCAUGGUGAAGAUCAAUAUUUUCAAUGGCCUAAUUGAUGUUUUUUCUUCCAAAUAUCUGUAGGUGGGGUUGGUGGUGGAAGACCAAAAUAUUUGUAGUGGAAGCUCUUUCCAAAGUUUUUUUAUUUUUAGUCAGUGGGAAGUGGGACCAUUUAAAAGGAAAGGAUGGGUACGCAUGAUGUAUCGGGAGAAAACUUUAAUACAAGUUGAAUUAAAAUAUGGUUAGUUACCUUGUAAAGAUGUUUUGGAAGCAUCUGACAAUUGGAAAAGCUAAAGAUAUUUUAAAAUAAUCGUA